CCCAGUCCAAUUGACGUCGACGACACAUGCCAAUUCUUCCAACACAUUUAACACGAUAAGGCCACUGUACGUCUACCAGCUUUUGCCGGAAAAUGUUGCACUCUAAUAGACGUUGCUAAACUUUUGUUUACAGCCGUCACGCCAAAACUCUUGCAGCUAUCGAUAGCCAGCCUCAGCAUAGACACUUCCCGCAUUCUUGUCUCGCCUCUAGGCGCAUUCCAUUCCUCCCGCAGGCACGGUACAACGACACCCACAAUGCGGAAUGUUCUUGCUUCCCUGUUCCUCCUCGUCGCAAUUGCCUGCGCAACACCCAACUUCCUAGCCGCCUUCGUUGAACCACUGCUCGAAAGCCCGCCCGCCCAAACCAACGACACAAUCGCAGAAGGAGAGGGGGAACUCGAGCUCCUUAAAAGACAGACGGGCUGCGCAUCGGGUUACAAUGCAUGCUCUGGUCUCGGGGCCCCAGGACUCUGCUGUAGGUCGGGCAGUGUAUGUUCCGCUGACGCUGCCGGCCAUGUCGCAUGCUGCCCUCUAAACGCUGCCUGCACGGGAACCAUCGCGCCCGUAGGCGGAGGAACCACAGCUUCCAAUACGGGAGGAGGCGCGGCUACCACAACGGUCCCUUUCGUCACGGCAGUCACGACCACGAACAAUGGCGUCAUCAUUGGCACGUCCACGGCAACGACGUUCGUCCAGCAAAGCGGAUCCCAGUCUUAUGUCCGAUCCACGGUAUCAAACCAGUACUACCCUUUCGCCUUUAUUCCGACUACUUACACCAAUGCAGCCGCUUGCUCUUCAGCUUAUACGAGCUGCCAGACGGAUGCUGCAAGCUGCACUGCAGCACUAGCGAGUGGCCGCCAGGGCGUCACAAUUUCUGCACCGAACGGUGGGGCGACCAUCACGGCCAUUGCGAGUGUGGGAAUGCCGUCCGCGAGCUCGAUUUGCUCGAGUCUGAGCGCGCAGGCUUGCUUUGGGUUGCAGGUGCAGGCGUGUCAGGCUUUUGGCAACGGGAAUACAGGGAAUACGGGGGCCGGGAGAAGAAAUGCAUGUGGGCGCAUAUAUGGGAUUGGAGCCGGCGUGGCGGUGGGAAUUGCGGGUCAGAUGCUUAGGUAACGAGGCGGGUAGCUGGGAUGCUUACUUGCUUGCUUAUGUUGAUCAUGUGGUUUUGGUACAUAAAAAGAGGGGGUUCGUGUGCCUUUUCAAAUGCUUUGAGCAUGGCUCUGGAGUUUGGUUUUCAACUGGGGUGCUGGAGGAAUUAAUGAUAACUUCCUCGGAGAUAGUCUUCCCACACCUUGCGGUCAUUCUGUCUAUUUAUUAAUGCUUUGAAGUUGAGAGAGUGUGUGUGCCUUGCUGUAGUCUUCUGAUACACAAUAGUAUCCCGGGUA